AUAGAUAGAUAGAUACCACGUUGAUUUACUCUCUUUUGGAAAUUAGCUGUCUAGUGGUUUGAUUAAAAUGUUUUUAAUUUUCUACAUUAGGUCUGAGUUUAGUCAAAUUAAUAGAAAAAAGGCUUUCGGGAAGCCAAAACUAUCUCCAAGUUUCAGAUUUCAAUUUGAUACACGCAUUCUUCUCUUGACAAUGAUGAAACUAGGGUUUCACCGGCGAUUACAAAGGAGUAUCAAUGUCGAAGGCGCCGUCAGUUUCCAGAUCACACACCACUGGGAAAGGGUUUGCUCAAUCAAAUCAUGAAAUGGAUAAAACAGUCGCAAUUUAAGAGAUGAUGACUUCCUGAAAGCACAGAGAUGAUGGUAUCCAAGGCUCUUACGCUCCUUUGCUGUGUGGUUCUCAUCAAUCUUUCCAAUGCACAAGAUCAAACAGGAUUCAUUAGCAUAGAUUGCGGGUUACAACCGGAUAAUUCGAGUUACACGGAGUCUUCAAAAGGUAUAAAGUAUGUUUCGGAUUCGAGUUACACGGAUACAGGAGCCAGCAGCUUCGUGGCGCCUGAGUACAGAGCAAACAUGAUGCAGAGCAUGUGGUCCGUUAGAAGCUUUCCAGAGGGAGUCAGAAACUGUUACGAGAUUGGUGUUAACGUCAGCGCCAAGUAUCUGAUCAGAGCGGCUUUUAUGUAUGGAAACUAUGAUGCAAGGAACGAGUUACCUGGGUUUGAUCUUCACUUGGGACCAAACAAAUGGGGCAGUGUUAAACUGGAGUCUUCUGAGGGAACAGUGUCCAAAGAGAUUAUAUACUCUGUCUUGACGGACACGUUACAAGUGUGUUUGGUGAAUACAGGAAACGGUACACCUUUUAUAUCGGUUUUGGAACUUAGACAGUUGCCAAACUCUUCUUAUGCAACCAAGUCUGAAUCACUCCAGCUCUUUCAACGGUUGGAUUUCGGGUCAUCGACCAAUCUAACGGUCAGGUAUCCAGAUGAUGUUUUUGAUAGAAUAUGGCUUCCAUCUACACCAAACGGGUCUAAGCAGUUUAGUGAGCGGUCGACUUCUUCCUCACGCAACAGUAGCGGUAAGUUUCAUCUUCCACAAGCUGUAAUGAGAACAGCAGUUGUACCGGAAACCUCUGGUGGGUCUGUAGACUUUGGAUGGACUCCAGAUGAUCCUUCUCUUGAGUUUUACUUCUACUUGUACUUCUCUGAACUUCAAGAACCUAGUUCUGGUUCUGUAUCAAAAAGAGAGUUCAUCAUUUCGUUCAACGGAAACAGUUUUGGGAGACCGUUUAGUCUUACCUACUUGGAGACCUUAGUUCUGUCUAUUUCUAAUCCUUUGUCGGAACAGAGCUUCCAGUUUUCUAUUAGUCAGAGUCGAGAUUCAACUCUUCCACCUCUUAUCAACGCUAUGGAGGCUUACUUUGUAAACAAGCUUCCGCAAUCUUCAACAGAUCAAAACGACCGUAAGCUCUCUCUCAUCCUUGUGCUGUCCAUUUCAGUUUUGCUGGUUCUGUCUUACUGUUUUUCUCUCUGUGAGCAUUAUAUAGUUUCUGCUAUGAGGAAUAUUAAGUCUACAUAUAAAGUCAAGAGAAACUGGGAAGGAGAUGUGUGUGUGCCUCAAGCUUACACAUGGGAAGGUGUGAAUUGUAGCUACAAUGGCACAAGCACGCCUAGAGUAAUAGCUUUAAACUUAUCAUCAGCCGGAUUAACAGGAGAUAUAUUAUCUGAUAUAUCGCUUCUUACACAGUUGCAAGUCCUGGACUUGUCUAACAACAAUUUGACUGGACCAGUACCAGCUUUCUUGGCUCAACUUCAGUUCCUUAGAGUUCUAAACUUGGGUAACAACCAGCUUAGUGGGCCUAUACCGUCUAUUCUCAUGGGAAAAAGCGGCUUGUCGUUCAGUAUCGACGGGAAUCCAAGUAUUUGUGCUACUACAGGUGCCUGUGAAGAGCUCACACAAAACAAAUCCAAGAAGAAGAAACUUCCCAGUUUUGUGAUUGCCUUAGUUGCAUCACUUGCAGGGCUCGUUCUCAUCGCUACUAUAUCUGCAGCUAUACUGUUUAUCUUCAUUAGAAAGAAAAAACAAGGUCGAACGGUCCACAGAACAAUCACAGCUUCAAGUAAUGGACUGUCAUUACUUAGGAGAGAUACCGGUUCAAUGCCUCCAUCAAUGCAGCGAAGAGAAACCGGUUUCUCUACACGUCCGUCAUUACAGAGAAUAGAGAGUGGAAUGACUGACCAUGACAUGAAUGAAACAGCAGUGGAUGGCUUUGAUAUGGAACCUGCAAACAGAAAGUUUACAUACGCAGAGAUUGUGAAUAUCACAAAUGGGUUUGAGAGAGAUCAAGGGAAAGUAGGUUUUGGGAGAAACUACCUCGGACAGUUAAAUGGUAAGGAAGUGACAGUGAAACUUGUGUCUUCAUUGUCUUCUCAAGGCUACAAACAAUUAAGAGCAGAGGUCAAACACCUUUUCAGAAUUCAUCAUAAAAACCUUAUAACCAUGCUUGGUUAUUGCAAUGAAGGCGAUAAACUGGCGGUUAUCUAUGAGUACAUGGCUAAUGGAAACUUGAAACAACACAUCUCAGAGAACAGUCCAACUGUUUUUAGCUGGGAAGAUAGACUUGGAAUUGCGGUUGAUGUUGCACAAGGACUUGAGUAUUUGCAUACUGGCUGCACGCCACCAAUCAUUCACAGAAACGUCAAGUGCACAAAUGUAUUCUUAGAUGAAAACUUCAAUGCCAAGUUAGGCGGUUUUGGCCUUUCGAGAGCGUUUGAUGCAGCAGAAGGAAGUCAUAUGAAUACAGCUAUAGCCGGGACACCUGGAUAUGUCGACCCCGAGUAUUACACAUCAAACAUCUUAACAGAGAAGAGUGAUGUGUACAGUUUCGGUGUUGUUCUAUUAGAGAUUGUUACAGCGAAACCCGCUAUCAUAAAGGAUGAGGAAAGGAUGCAUAUAAGUCAAUGGGUUGAGUCUUUGCUCUCAAGAGAAAACAUUGAAGAGAUUCUUGACCCCAGCCUUUGUGGAGACUAUGAUCCAACCUCUGCGUUUAAGACCGUGGAGAUCGCUGUGGCUUGCGUUUGUAGAAACUCUGGUGACAGACCUGGAAUGAGUCAAGUAGUGACGGCUCUUAAGGAGAGUUUGGCUGCAGAAGUUGAGAGGAAAAAAGAUUUGCCAGUUGUGUCAACAGACUCAGUUGAAGAUCUUGCCCUUGGCUUUGGUUCUAAUCCACCUCCUCGUUUGCGAUGAUAAGUUAUUGAUUUUAUGUUGUAAUGAUUGGGGUGUGAAAAACAUUUGUAAUAUAUAUUUGCUUUUUGUGAGUUGGAGUAACAAAAUGCUACAGCUACCACCCUAAUUUAGGCUUUGUAUGGUUUUGCUUUACAAUAUACAAACUCAUUGCACU